GGAGACUCUACGAGAUCAGAGCGGCAAAAACGUUUUCAGUUUUCCGAUUUCUUUCUCUCGUCAUUGUCAGUGGAAAGCUGCGAAGUCUUGCGAUGGGAGAUGAUCGAAUUCAAGCGGUGGACGUUUCGGCAGAAUCACAUGAAUCGACGGCAGGCGGCGUUAAAGCCCUAAUUUCAUUCUACUCCAACUACCUUCGCGAUCGAUUCACUACUAUCUUUCUCUCUUCUCCGUCAAAUGUCAUCGACAAAUUCUCAAAUCUGGCCCGGAAAACUUCUCGCUCCGCCUCUCGCAAACGGAGUGGCGGCCUCCCUCUCCCUUUGCCUUCCGACUCGCUCGACUUCUCUCCGGCGGUGAUGAAGUCGUCGAGAGUUUACGAUGUUUUGAAUGAUAUAAUGGGGCAAACGAUUUCGAAUUUGCAUGAAAUUCAGGAGAAUUUGCAGUUUUGGCGAUCUAGAGCUGAGGGAUCCGAUGCUCGGAAAGUGUACUUCAUGAUUUUUGAGAGAGGGCCGAGAGCUUUUAUUGAUGAAACAGUUCAGUUCUUACGUGAAUGCAUUUCUGAAGGCUCCACAAUGCAGCAUCUUACUCAGUCUGCUUCUGUUUACAUAUCUCAGAGAAUAGCUGUUCUAUCUGCCUUAAGGAGUUCUCUUGCUAGUUUUUUGGCGGAGCUAUAUACAGAAGUCGACAGCCAUGGGGAGGAUUUAGUCAAGGAUCCGGAGAAGUCACUGUCAACCCUAUUAGUUACUAUUAAUGGUUUAUUCUUAAAGUUCGAGACAGCCAUUGGUCAACUACGUUCCAUGCGUCAGAGUGAUUCUUCAGUUGAAGGAAGCUAUUUGUUCCCUCUACAGUUUGAGAAGUUGCCAGAUAUCAAUCGAGAAAAAUCUCAGUGGACAGAUUGUGAAAUUACUGAUGCCAUCAACCUAGUUUAUAAGAAUCUACAUGACCUGGACUCGUACAUAUCUCAGUUGGUUGCCAAACACCAGAAACCAAGAAAAGUAACUCUGUACUGGUUCCACUAUACCUGUGGUGCAGUUGGUCUCUCAGUUUGUUCUAUUUGGCUUCUACGGCAUAGUAGUCUGAUGGGAAGCUCUGACAUUGACAAUUGGAUUCGUGAAGCAAGGGAAGCCACAUAUAGCUUCUAUAACGAUCACGUUGAGCAGCCGUUUCUGUCAAUUAGAGAUGAGCUUUUUGACACCUUCAGAAAGAGGCACAAAGGUGUGAUGGAAAUGGAAGAAGUGCAGCUAACCUCAAAUUCUCUACACAGAAUGUUGUUAGCCUUCAGCGAGCAGACAAAACGUCAAAAAUUUCCAGCAAAUGCAUCUGAUCAGGAAAUGCUUGAGAUAGUUAUGGACAGGUAUGAGAAGGAACUUACACAUCCUAUUCAGAAUCUCCUUGGUGGAGAGCUUGCUCAUGCGAUGCUCAUCCAGGUUCAGAAGCUAAAACUGGACAUUGAGACGGCAAUGCUUGAACUUGAUCAGAUUCUUCGGGCAAAUGAAAUCAACUUUGCGAUUCUAGCUGCUUUGCCUGCAUUCUUUCUAUCUCUUAUUCUGAUCAUGUCAGUCCGCGCAUGGCUAAAAAAGAAAAAUAUGAGCACUCCUGUGGAUAAUGAGUGGGAAUGGGAAGAAAUUAUUGCAGAAGAGAACAAUGAGGAGUGGGAAUGGGAAGAAAUUGUUGCAGAAGAGAAAAAUGAGGAGUGGGAAUGGGAAGAAAUUAUUGCAGAAGAGAACAACGAGGAUGUUAGUUUCAUUUUGAAAGAAGAUGAGGAUAAGAACAUCUAUAUUGAAUCCACAAGAAAACAGAUUGAAGAGCUAUCUAUUGAACCAGAAAACCCAUCUGAGAGUCCAAUGAUGGAAGUGGAUGAAAUCCAAGAUGACUAUUGAACCACUAAGAUUAUCAUGUGUAUUUAGUAGACUUUCAAACGUUAGAUAAUUAGUAUAUGUUGUUUAUCUAAUUAGAUAAUUAGCAUCUGUUAUUGAUUUAAUUAGAUCAUUUGUAUUUGUUGCUUAUUUAAUUAAGCCUUAGUAGAUUACAAACUAUGAGGUGUAAAAUGUUUAUUCAGCUUGUAAAUACUCCUUGAAACUUUAUUCAGCUUGUAAAAUGUUUAGCAAUUUUUCAUGUUCAGAAGCUAAAACUGGACAUUGAGACGGCAAUGCUUGAACUUGAUCAGAUUCUUCGGGCAAAUGAAAUCAACUUUG